AUGAGCUCCAAUGAUGAAUAUGAAAGAAUCGCUCUAUCCAAGCAGGAUUUAAGAUAUUUGUACGGUCAACUACUUCAAAGUGUGACGUCCAAACUCGAUCUCCAUCUUCCUACUAGCAAUAAUGAUCCCUUGAAAAAAAAAGUAGCCAGUGCAUUAGAUGAUUUCUUGAUAGGAGGUUUUGAUAUGGCAAAAUCAGCUUUAAUAAUAGAUGGGCGCAAUAUGUCCAGUAAGUCCAAUUCACUGACACUGAUUUCUGACAUCUUAUCAAUAAGACCACGAGAGAAGGUUGAAAACUUCGAUGUCUCAAUCAAUGCAAAGUUGCGUGAGAUUCUUCUUCAAGUUGAAGAGGAAACUACUGCCGUAACGAAACUUCGUAGAAAUUUACCUGUGCGAGCCAAAGAAAUAUACGAUAAUCUAGUCGUUAGAACUGAUCAAGACAUAACACAGAUAUUAGCGGACCUCGAUAUGCCACUGACACCAUCAGAUAAUGAAGUGGAUAUGACUUUCGCCGAUCUACCACACUUAGAUGAAAUGGCUAGUGACUAUGAAAAGCAUAUCCUUAUACUAGAGGAGUUAAAACGGUCGAUACCUGAAACAAGAGCGCUGCUUAACAAGCUCAAUGAUACAAUUCAAUUCUUGGAAAUAGCAUACAAGAAGCAAGAAGAAGAAAACGAAGCUUAA